AUGGUACCUCGAUACCUUGGCUGCUUCUCGUUUGGAUCGCAACGGUACAACGAGUGGCAGACACUAGACUUUGAAGCUGCGACUGAAAGAGAGGAGAAGAAGCCUACGGGGAACAAUGUGUCAGAGAACAGAACGAUCGUAGACGAGAAAGUGACUCCACGUGUGGACCCACUGCCACGUGUCGUUAACACGAUCGAGGAGAAGGGCGUAAGCGUUCGACACCCGGGGAGUCCAAUGGCAGAUGUCGCGAAGAAAAGGACAGGGAUUCCGAUAGAUCGCAUGAUGGAUCGCAUGACACGAUCGACGAUCGACAAGUGGAUCACCAAUCGAAAAGUGUCAGGCCCGUGGUUCAUACGAGACAUGAGCUUACGACGAACGAAGGAGCAGGGGAUCAGUCAAGGAAAGUGUCCGGAUCUUCACCAGGUGUGA